CUCUGAUCCUUCCUCCUCACCGGCGCUCGUCGUUUUAAAAACUUCCCUCUCAGCGUUGAAAGUCAUUGUGGAUUUCAUUCUGUCAAUCAGGUCAGGUCACCAGGAGCAACAUGACAACAUACACAGACAAAGGAGAAAAGCAUGAGAAGGGCAGGUUAAUCUGCUUCGAUCACUUAACGUUCUGGGUUGGAAAUGCAAAACAGGCUGCAUCGUUUUACUGUAACAAGCUGGGAUUUGAGCCUUUGGCUUACCAGGGUUUGGAGACAGGCAGCCGUGAGGUGGUGUCCCAUGCAGUCAAACAAGGCAAGAUCAUUUAUGUGUUCUCAUCUGCCCUGAAUCCUGAUAACAAAGAGAUGGGAGACCAUUUGGUCAAACAUGGGGAUGGAGUGAAGGAUAUCGCAUUUACAGUGGAGGACUGUGACCUCCUUGUGCAGAAAGCCUGUGAGCGAGGUGCAGUUAUUAUAAAGGAGCCUCACACCUUGGAGGACAAAUAUGGAAAAGUCCGACUGGCUGUGCUUCAGACGUAUGGUGACACCACACACACGUUUGUGGAGAGGACAGGAUACACUGGGCUGUUUCUGCCAGGAUUCCUCCCCCCUCUGUUCAAGGACCCUUCGUUAGCCAAACUUCCCAGUGGAAAACUGAACUUCAUCGAUCACGUUGUGGGAAACCAGCCGGACGACGAGAUGGUUCCAGUGGUGGAAUGGUAUCAGAGGAACCUUCUCUUUCACCGCUUCUGGUCGGUGGAUGAUAAACAGCUUCAGACAGAGUUCAGUGCCCUGCGAUCCAUCGUAGUGGCAAACUAUGAGGAGACCGUGAAGAUGCCCAUCAACGAGCCAGCUAUCGGGAAGAGAAAAUCUCAGAUCCAGGAGUAUGUGGAGUACUAUGGAGGUCCAGGAGUGCAGCAUAUAGCCAUGAACACAUCAGAUAUAAUCACUGCAAUUCGUAACCUAAAGGAACGUGGGAUGGAGUUUAUGUCAGUGCCGGAGACCUACUACGAGCAGCUGAGGGAGAAUCUGAAACACUCCAAGCUCAAAAUCACAGAGGACCUGGACGUCCUGCAGGAACUGAAGAUCUUGGUGGACUAUGACGACAACGGUUAUUUACUUCAAAUCUUCACCAAGCCAGUUCAGGAUCGCCCCACUGUGUUCUUGGAAGUCAUCCAGAGACACAAUCAUCAGGGCUUCGGGGCAGGAAACUUCAAAUCUCUUUUCGAAGCUAUUGAAGCCGAGCAGCACGCCAGAGGAAACCUGACGAUCCUGACACCGAAUGGAGUUACAAAGAACAUGUGAACCCUGUGUUAGUCUCAAUAACUAUGUAUUCAAUAUAUAAAUACACGGUCUGUUGAGGGUCGUGUUAACCAGA